AUGGCCUCAUUACGUCUUCCCGUCCGGUCGCUGAGACCGUCGUCGCUGUCGGCACUUUCGUCGAGUUUACGACCCGCUCCACGAAACCUCUUGCGACAGUUCGCCUCAUCCUCCGCUGCCAAAGCCGCAGCGCCUGCGACAGAGGAUCCAGUUCCUAAUAUGAGAGCGGCGCAGCGUCCUCCAAUUGGUGAACUACGAGCCCCAGUUGUCAACCCUGCCGACAAAUAUGCCACCCAGUCUGAGCAACUGCAUGCCUAUGGCAAAUAUCUCAUGUCCUGUCUUCCCAAGUUCAUCCAGCAGUACUCUGUAUGGAAGGACGAGCUUUCCAUCUACAUCCCACCUCGGGCCGUCAUACCGGUCUUCACGUUUCUUAAGAACCACCAUGCUGCGCAAUACACCAUGAUAGCGGAUAUCACUGCCGUCGAUUUCCCUACCCGUCAAUACCGUUUCGAGGUCGUCUACAACAUGCUCAGUGUCACAUAUAACUCUCGGAUAAGAGUCAAGACUUAUGCAGACGAAACCUCGCCUGUGCCCUCGAUCACACCGUUGUACGACGGUGCAAACUGGUACGAGCGUGAAGUCUACGACAUGUUUGGCGUUUUCUUUACGAAUCACCCCGACCUAAGAAGAAUCAUGACGGACUACGGGUUUGAGGGACAUCCGUUGAGGAAAGAUUUCCCAUUGACGGGCUAUACCGAAAUCAGAUGGGACGAAGAAAAGAAGAGAAUUGUAUAUGAGCCUCUGGAGAUGACGCAGGCGUUCAGGAACUUCGAGACCGGUACAGCGGCGUGGGAACAAGUUGGUCCGGGACAGGAUAGAACACCUGAUUCGUUCAAAUUACCAACCCCAAAGCCAGAGGAACCGGCGCCUAAGAAGUAA